AUGUCUAGUAAAUAUGCUAAUUUUCGUCAGAAGCUUGUCCCUCUUGCAUUGCGAUUGUUUGAGCGUCCAAAAGUGAAGGAGUCAGUAAAUUCGCUAAAGUCGAUACUUGAAACCAACCGACACUUUGAUAUCAUUAAGACCUCCUUCGAUUCUCUUACGAACAAUGUACAUGCUAAGUUGGAUAGAUCCGUGAAUAAUUUCUCUUCGAUUUACGACAAAAUUACGGGUAGGGAAUCUGUCAGGAAAGCUGGCGUCGAUCUUUUGACGGCAGAGCAAGAAUUUUUGAAUUGUCAGUUGUGUCGUAGAAAUUGUCAGCAAAAGUUAUUCGCUGUCCAAAAAAAGCGGUCAGAAAUCAGUAAACAGCUAGAUUUGCUUUCUCGUGCUGACGACGCUUUCCUUCCAUUAAUUACCAAGGAACAUGAACUAGCCCGAGAAGAGGCUGACCUGUUAACUCAAUAUCGAGAUGCAGAUAUUUCAGAACGUGCGGCUUACGAAAAGUUCGCAAGCCUCUUGCGUUAUUUGCACGCAGAAGAGCGAACUUACGAUAUGCGAAUGCGACAGUGGGCCUUAAUUGGUUCGAUAACCGUUGGAUUUCUUUCAGCUUUCGUCACUUGGCUCCGUUUUCGUUCGCCCAGGCUAGAAGCCGUAAGUCUGCCAUCUUCUAAAUGUCCUUAUGGCGAAUUCUGCCUUUUUGUCCUCGGCAGAAGGCAUUACUCGGUCAGGAUAAUUCUUCGUCCAUAA